CUGGACGGUCACCCGUUUCAUUUUCAAGAGGAAAAAACUUCGGAUCGAAUUCUGGCAGAAUCAUGGUCACUGCAGCAGAAUACGGACACAACUCUUGGGAGCUCAGCAUCCAGGUGGACCAGCAUGAGGGAGAUGAGGGGAUGAAGUUUAAAUUACGGGUUAAGGGGGAUCUCCACAUCGGAGGUCUCAUGCUGAAACUGGUGGAAAAGAUCAAGGCCCCUCAGGACUGGUCCGAUCAUGCCAUCUGGUGGGAACAGAAGAACUGCUGGCUGCUUAAAACCCACUGGACUUUGGAUAAAUAUGGAGUCCAGGCAGAUGCUGACCUGCGUUACACACCACAACACAAACCCCUCUGUCUCCAGCUGCCGAACAUGAAGACCAUCGUACUUCCUGUUAGCUUUUCUGGUGUGGUCUUCAGGGCGGUAGCUGAGAUUUGCAAAGCGCUCAACAUUAGAAGAUCCGAAGAACUUUCUCUCCUGAAGCCACCAGAUGAUCAUAAGAAGAAGAAAAAGAAGAAAGAAAAGGGCGUAGAUGAGAUCUUAAACAUGGACAUAACCAGCGGCAUGGCGGGAGGAGCCCUUGGUCUGUACAGUAAAACCAUGACUCCGACCUAUGACCCAGACAGUGGGUUGCCUGCGAAUGCCACCAGUGUGUGGUUUGGAGGGAGUCCUCUUACAGUCAGCCAGCCGAACCUGCCACCUGAGGAACUGGCCAAACUAUACAAGCCUCUUACCAUGGAAGAAAAAGCGGCCAUUAACGCUGGGUGGCUGGAUUCAUCGCGCUCGCUGAUGGAACAGGGCAUCCAGGAAAACGACAGACUCCUGGUGCGAUUCAAGUACCACUGCUUCUUUGACCUAAACCCAAAGUAUGACGCUGUGAGAAUCACACAGUUGUAUGAACAGGCUCGCUGGGCCAUAUUGCUGGAGGAGAUCGACUGCACCGAAGAAGAGAUGAUAAUGUUUGCUUCUCUGCAGUAUCACAUCUGUAAAUUGACUUUGUCAGUGGAGCCACUAACGCAAUCCGACGAGCCAGAGAUCGAUGAAGUGGAGGCCGCUCUGUCAAACUUGGAAUUCACACUAGAAGGAAGAAACGCUGAGAAGAUCCUGGAAGAUAUUACAGACAUUCCAAAGCUGGAAGAUACACUUAAAUUGUUUAGGCCCAAACGAUUGACAUUAAAGCCGUUUAAGGAGUACUGGUUUGUUUUUAGGGAUACCACUAUUUCCUAUUACAAAAACAAAGAUUCUGCUAAUAAAGAACCCAUCGAGCAGCUUCAUCUACGAGGAUGUGAGGUCAUCCCUGAUGUCAAUGUGACAGAGAGAAAGUUCGGUUUGAAGCUUCUGCUCCCGGUGGCCGACGGGAUGAACGAGGUUUAUAUUCGCUGUGAAAACGAAACGCAGUACGCCAGGUGGAAAGCUGCCUGCAUUCUGGCCUCCAAAGGCAAGACAAUGGCGUACAGCUCAUACCGCACAGAGGUGAAGAAAAUCCAGUCUUUCCUUCAGAUGAAGAGUUUAGCGCCCCCUCCUGGCCAGGCAGCACCUGAUGUGGAGUCCAUGGAGAUGAACGCAGAGUGUUUCGUUUCUCCUCGAUACACAAAGAAGUACAAACCGAAACAGCUAACCUCACGAAUUUUGGAAGGCAAUCACAAUAUUUCCCAGCUUUCUCUUAUGGAGGCCAAAAUGCGUUUCAUCCAAGCAUGGCAGUCCCUGCCGGAGUUUGGCAUCAAGUAUUACAUAGUCAGAUUUAGAGGGAUCAAGAAAGACGAGAUUCUGGGAAUUUCCUACAACAGAAUGAUUCGCAUUGACAUGUCCAGCGGUCUGCCGGUAACCACCUGGAGGUUCGCCAACAUGAAACAAUGGAAGGUCAACUGGGAGAUCCGACAGGUGGAAUUUGAAUUUGAUCAGAACGUGUCGGUGGCUUUCUCGUGCCAAAGCUGUGACUGCAAAGUGGUUCACGAGUAUAUUGGAGGAUACAUUUUCCUUUCAACCCGCUCAAAGGACCAAAAUGAAACCUUAGAUGAAGAACUUUUCUAUAAACUUACAGGAGGUCAAGAAUGACCAUAUCAUCACUAGAUAUGAAAUUUUCUAAAAUGCAUGUACAUUACUAUAUUAUGCUAUUUUUCAGUGUCUGGUCCCUUGUCAUUUGUAUAUAGUUCACAGCACACUUUUCCUUACAUCAAUCGUGAUUGAAAUGAUAUACUGUGGGUUUAGAUGUAACUAUAGUAGAUUUCUUUUAAGGUUUGGUUGCAAAUUAUUUUUACAGUUUAUAAUUCUUCUGAAAGUUUAAUGUCCAGUUGGUUUACAACAUAAACAUGUCCAAGUAGCUUUUUAUGCGAUUUUAUGUUCAUUGCCUUUGUUUAACGUACAAUUAAAUAGUUAUUUGAUUUUGAG